AUCAACAGGCCUACAGCCAUCCAUGUUCACUGAUGGGUCAAAGGCUGUGCGUAUAGCAAACCAUCGUCCUGACAGCUCUAAAUAGCACCAUAAUGAAUAAGUAGUGCGCUGUAUUCGGCUGUAAGUAUUCCGUACCGUUUCUAGUGCACUUUGAAUGAGUACGAGGCCGUUUGGGAUUUGGCCGCAGCCAGUAACCACUGAGAAAGAUUGAAUGGGUGACGUAGAGGAAGUGCCGGCCCUUAGGAGCAACAGCCUGCGCGUUCACAGCGUCUCCAAUUACACACACACACACACACACACACACACACAGAGAUUGAAUGAGCGAAGCUUCAAUUCAGCAGCACUGUCGGGAUCUUCAUAGCGUGAUGUUAGCGUUCUACUGACAAAUGCUGGAAUUGCUGAUAGAGGGGGUAAAAGAUAAAAGUGGAGCGCGAGCGUGCACUUCAUACCGAUUUCUCUUCCGUCUUUUUUUUUUUUUUUUUUUUUUUUAGGGUGACGCCAAUGCGCAUGAAAUUCAAACGCAGGGGAAAUUGAUUUCCGCCGCGCGCGCGCGUAUUUAUUAUUAGCUAUUAUUCUUAUUCUUAUUCUUAUUUAUUGAGGAUCAUAUUUCCAGCUUGAAAAUCCGAAGGAGGAAAGAAGAAGAAGAAGAAGAAGAAGAAGAAGAAGAAAAAACACCCCACCACCAUUGCGCAUUUGCGCGGACGUACGAGCGACGCGUUGGAGCAGCGCCUGAAUGAGCUGCAACUUUGCUCGGUGAAAAGAAAAAAAAAAGAGAAAGAAGAAGAAGAAGGAAAAAAAAAAAAAAAAAGGGGGCGUUCCGUGCUCGCGCGCUGCGAUCGAGGCGGACGCUCGCGCACAGAAGCUCGCGGUGGUCCCGCCGCAAAAGCGCGCCUUCUCAUCAGCCGCAGCUUUGCGCCGCACAACUUCGGGAUCUCGCGUUCGCUUUCGUGGAACAGCGCUCUCAUCCUCAUGCUCCACGCAGUCGCCGCCAGGGCCCGGCGGGAUCGUAAGAAGAUCGACGCGCGAGACAGAUGUGACCGGCGUGAAAAUGGAUCUCGUGUUGGUUUUGAGGUUUUGCUCCGCGACAGACAGUUUUCAGGUUGUUUCUGAGAUGCGUUCCGAGUGACCCUCUGACAUUACGCAUUGCGCGUCAGCUCGAUUCACGGCGUUUAAAAAAAACAAACAAAAAACCAAACAAACAAACAAAAAAAAUGGCAAACCAAAGUCCCUAUGAUAAUCGGGAUAUCGUUGAGAAGUAUCUGUAUCACAAACUUUUGAAGCGAGGCUACGUGUGGGAGUUCCGCGCUGGAGCAGAGGAAGGCGACGGAUUGAGGGAGCCGCCGGCGGAAGUUGUGGAUCGCAGGCCGCGCGCCGUCUUACCGCUGCACCGCGUUCUCCGGGAGGCCGGCGAUGAGAUCGAGCGGACGUACCAGCGCGACUUCGCGGCCAUGUCGGACCAGCUGCACUUUACCCCGAGCACCGCGCAGCGCCGCUUCACCGCCGUCAUCGAGGAGCUGUUCCGGGACGGCGUGAACUGGGGCCGCAUCGUGGUCUUCUUCGAGUUCGGGAGCACCCUGUGCGUGGAGAGCGUGAACCAGGAGAUGGCGUCCCAGGUGGACAACAUAGCAAGUUGGAUGACGGAUUACCUGAACGGGCCAUUGCAGAACUGGAUUCGGGACAAUGGAGGCUGGGAUGCCUUUGUGGAGCUCUACAGUCAUCAGAGAGCGUCCAUGUUCCACCCCUGGCCAUAUUUAAAGACAGUCUUUGGCCUGGCAGCAUUGGGAGCAGCGGGAGUCACCAUCGGCGCCCUCUUUUCUCAAAAGUGAUCAUCUGGAACAUCAACACCUGUCCUUCUUUCUCUGUCUCUCCUCUGGCUUAUGAAGGCACUUGGUUUUAUCAGCGUAGCACUGCCCUGCUGUUUUGUCCAUGUUAUGGAGCUGUCCUUGAAACUGGAGUGGGAGAAAUGCAAUGAUAAAAAAACAAACAAAAAAAACAACAAAAAACGAGUAGCUCCUACACACGUACUAUAAAUAUCACUGCCAUGUAUAGAUCUAGAUCCAAAUAUAUAUUUACACAUACGCACAUGCAGCAGACACAGUGUACAACUCCAAUAUUCAUGGACCAUAUAAGCACACACAAAUGACAGUUAGUUAUUUUAAUGCAAACAUGAUUUACAUUUGAACUUCUAUGAACCUGCAGUUCCAGAUGUCCACGUAUGAUCCUUAUUAUGGUUUUAUUACUUUGUGUGUAGCAUGGAAUGAAAUAUGUAUAAUGUAGGAGUUGGAAAGCAAAAGCAAAAAAAAAAAAAUGAAUUGAAACAAGAGACUGCUAUGAAUGCUCCACUGUCUGCAUGCAUAGUGGCAAGCUACUUUUUUGCAUGAUGGCCUUUUCAGCAUGGAAAAGCACCACCUGUGUAGGACAUUGUUGGGUGUUAUUUUUUUUCUUUUCUUUUUUUUUUUUUAUGUGUCUUUCUCCUUCUCAACCGUUUCUCAGCGUACCUCUCAAGAGCAGCAGAUGCUGCUCAUUCCUCAUUAGGCAUGCUCGUCUAUUUGAUUGGCUGGCGAGUGUCUGGGUUUGUCCUUGCUGGAUAACCCCUAAACAUUCACUUCACUUGCUUUGAACAACUUAAAAGUUGUGUUCUGAGGUAUACCACACCUGAAUGUAUAAUACUUGUCUCUGUGUAUGGUGUGACUCUAGAGACAUUUAACUGUUCUCAUCUCAUCUGGUGUCACUUUGCUUUUAUUUCAUGUCCUUUUUAUUUAAAAAAAAAAAAAAAAAAAAAAAAAAAAAAAACAUUUGAAGGCCAACUGCGAUCAUGUAAGAUUAUUUAAGGGGUAGCAGCAGAAAAGUAGGACCCAGACAGAGCAAUGUAAGAGAGAGAGAGAGAGAGAGAGAGAGAGAGAGAGAGAGAGAGAGAGUAUGUGUAUGUGUGUGUGUGUGUGUGUGUGUUUCUGUGUGUAUUUGUGAUUAUAAGUAGAUCAUGUUGAGAGAGAGCUUAGCCAGAAAAGGUGGGUAUCUCUUGGCCCAUUACAGCAACCAGAGAUAAAGCAGGGCAGCUGGGGUCAGCCAGGUGUGGCAGGGAGGGGGAUAGGGGGAAGGGGAGGGGGCAGGUGAGGUACAGUGGAGGGACUCCAGCUUGCAACAGAGGCUUAAUUCAGCCUGGCAUAGUGGGCACCCAGGCAGCAGAAGGCCCAGAAAGACAUAAUAGAAAGUGAGUAGUAGCAGUAGUAGUAGUAGUAGUAGUAAUAAUAAUAAUAAUAAUAAUAAUAAUUAAGAUAAUAAGAAUAACAGUCAAAAUAAUAAUCAUAAUAUCAGCACAUUAGUAUUAUUUAUUACUAUCAUUUAUUAUUGUUGUUGUUAUUGUUAUUAUUGUUAUUAUCAUUAUUAUAGAUUUAUUUUGCCCAUACGUUAUUUUCACAUUAUUAGAAAGUCAUACAUUAUGUGACACCCCUGGACAAUGGAGGCGGACCUAUAAUUUGAACCAUCGACUUUCUGGACCUUCCAGUCAGCAAGUCCAGAACCAUGACUGCUGAAUUACCAUUGCGCCACUGAAGAACCACCACAGUAGUGCUUGGGCCCUCUUGUGCUCCUGUGCUGAAGAAAUUAGUUUGAAACUAGACAACCUGAACCUGUGUGCUUCUGCUGCUGCUUUCAUCCCGAAAAGAACCUAAGCGGUAUCAGAUAUCCCAGUGCUCUCCGUGUGGAGGAUUUGUAGGACAUUGAGACAUCUGUCUGCCACGUUCGGCUAGGGACCUAUAGUUUUCCCUGGCAGUUGACAAUCAUGGUGUAGUAAAAUAUUAUGUUUACUUGUUAAUGUUUUAUUGUCAUUUAAUCUCAUCUAAGUGGUGUAACCAUUCAUUUUAAUAUGUAAAGGCCUAAUUGAUGUCUCCAUACAUUUUAUGACUCCAUAAGACUCAAUAAGUAUUUGUCUCCAGAAUGCAAGUCAUCAACGAGUCAAACAAAUUUAAUGGCAGAACUCGUGUGUCAUGUUCUAAAGGUACAGAAACGUGGCCAUAAUGCAAUGUUAAGCUUCUGCUAUGAAUGCAGAAGUGUCAUGUAUCUUAUGAGUAUCUUACGGGAGAGCAUAGAAGACUCGCACUGUAACGUCAUGUAUUUUAAUGGCUGCUAAUAAGAUGUGUAAGCUCUCAGCAAUUUAACAUCGUCGUCAUUGAGACACCAUAUGAUGCUGCUUUACGAUACAGCAAAAACUGCCACUGGUGGGGAGCUGUACUGAAAUAUCCCCACUCUGUAAGCUUCACUCAUCAGGAAGUGUGUAAAGACUCAGACAGCCUUUGUGUGAUUGUAUAAGCACUCCGGAUCAAGAGGAAUUUUUGCUUGCCGACUUUGACAAAUGAGGUCAGGGCCUGAGUUUCCCAAAAGAAACAUUCUGUAGAUAACAGUUAAAAUAGUGUGCAAGAUGCAUUGAGUAGUUUCUUUAAAAGCUUUUUAAAUCGAAAUCAUUAUUCAUUUUAAGAUCAUUUAUAACACAUUUUUUUGGGAACUUUUUGGCUCAGAUGGUUAUACCCUAACCCUAUCUAAUGUCAAAUUUACUGAAAUGGCAGAUGUAAUUUUAACCAAAGUUGACUUUAUAGUCCAGUAACUGUUACAAAUUGGCAUUAGUAAGAUGUUGGGUACACUCGAUAUUUCCACAAUCAGCGCUUUCUAAAACAGAACCUGAGACUGAUUGUGUCUCCUCUGUCUCCAGGAGCAAUUAUAAUGCUACAAAGUGAUGCAAAAAAAAAAGAGAUAAAUUCUUCCACAAGCCUUGAGGAGACACUGAUAAACAGAGUAGAAAAGUAAAAUAUCUGCAGAGGAUUCCAGUGCAAUCUUGGAGCCGCUAAACAUGUGAAACAUGCUUUGCAGUACGUCAAUGUUAAUUGGUGCGAUUUAUUAAGAGAUCAUUCUCAUAGUUGAGGGGGGAAAAGGGAUUUUUGACUGAGCUACCUGGGCUUGGUCCUGGGUUAACACCUUUUUGUUAUUUAAUAUGUGUAUAUUUUAUUAUAUAUCAUUGGACCUCCCAUUACCGAGACAUUUCAAAGCCAAUAUAGGAAGUUUUCCGGCUUCUUAAUUGCUGAAAUGGCACAACGAAGCUUCAUUAUAAUGCAUUUGAAUGUCAUAUCUAUACUGUAUAUGUGUCUCCUUCUACCACUAUGCAUUGUUAAUGUUUAUGUCCAACGAUAAAGCAUGGAAGCAUCUCUCCGGGUUCUUCAUCAGUUUAAUUGUCAAGGAGGGAGUGUUUAACUGUGUAAAGGUGGGAGGCUUUUUCCUGUGUGUGAAUUGAUCUGUUGUAAUUUCUGUCUUCAUGGCAGCGCCAGUUGGUAUUUAAUCCUGUUAUUUACAUUAUGUAGUGUGAUUGUGAUUUUUUUUUUUUUUUUUUAAUUAUUAUUAUUUUGGUUGCAGCAUUUUGGAGUUGCUUUCAGUUAUGUGAUUUUUAUAUGCAGUUCUUCAGAGUCUUGUUUUCUGAAAAAUAAGCCCCAAUCGGCCGUUACAUUAUAUAUAAUUGUGAAAAAAGUUAAUGCACUUUUUUUUUUUUUUUUUUUUGAUCUGUUUAGGCAGCUAAUAUCAUAACCAUUUCCAAAACAUGCCACAAUGAAAGAGCCAAGCCAGUCACAACAUUCAUUUUAUUCUGUUUUUGUAAUUUUAUUGCUUCUCAUAUUUUGUACUUUACUUUUCCCAUGGUAGCACUAAAUUUAAUCACCGAAACUUUAAACCUGAACAAGAUAUCCCCGGUAUUUUGUAUAUUAAAAGAGGAUACCUAGAGGGUCGUAGUUUAUACUGUACUUUAUUAUCAGAUCCUCUUAGUGCAGUCAUUAUUUGUUCUGCUUUCGAAAUGUAGCCUGCAUAAACCACUGUUCAAUCUGUUUUUGUUGUAUUUUGUUUUAAUUUAUCCUCAGAACACUUAGGUGUUCUGAUGUGCCCAUACUAUAUUGUCUACUUCUUCCUAUAAGCUAACAAUGAUGUGUCCUAAUUAAAAGGAAAAAAAAUUGCCUUAC